AUGACUGGAAUCAAUACAUUCUUGCGGUUGCUGCUCUUGCUGUCGCUGCCAAUCCAGCUUAAUGCAUUAACUCCACGGCAUGGACUUCCCUAUAAAGCAGUUCCCGAAUUACUCGAUCCGCCUCAGACCGCUGAAGUGUACCUUAUUCGCCGAUACUCGCAUUCCAACACCGUCCUUGCAGGAUAUAAUACUUUCCGACUGCCGAUAAAUGGAAAUUCCACAGGUGGAGAGUUUACAUUCUUCUUAUAUAGCUCUGGAACCGGUUCCAGUGUCGCUGUCUCCCCCCACCUGCAUAAAUAUCAUUAUGAAUGCUUUUUCACCAUCAAGGGUCGUGUGCAGAUUUGGGCUCAGCAUGACAAUGAGAUACAAGAAGCACGAGUGCUUACUCAAGGAGACUUUGGGUCAUGGGCGACCUACACGAACCACACUUUUCAGUUCAUUGACCCUGACUCCGAAGUGCUUGCUGUUGUUGCGCCUGGAGGAUUUGAGAAGUUGAUGGACGUCAUUGGCAGGCAAUGGAACACGACUACCAAUACACCAUAUUCAAAUGCCUAUAUUGAAAACCCAGACAAUGCUACUCGCCCUGUACCAGUCUCUGAAGCUGAGAAACUCCAGUACUUGGAUGUUUGGUCUCAGCCCGACUUUGUCCCACGACGAGACCUUUUGAACGGUACUACACCGGGCAAAGCAGCUUGGCACGACGGACCCAACUAUCUUGGAAAUAACAGCGACGCUUCGUACUGGGUUGCAAACGGAUUUGGGCCCAAGUAUCUCAACAAGGCCAUGACUGGUUAUUAUCAGAUCGUGCAGCCGCUGAUUACCCCACAGUCCUCAGGGAACUAUAGCUUUACAAAGUCGACCAUCACAAUCAACGGGCCACCAUCUGAUGUAUCGGCACUUCCUUAUCACAGCUUUCCUCAUGGUAGCGCCUUCAUGGUACUAGAGGGCACCCUUACCAUUCAUGUUGAAGGAUAUCUCCCGGUCACGCUCGUUUGGGGAGACGUGAUGUACGUGCCCAAGAACGUGCGCUUCACCUACUAUACCUCAACCCAUUGGUGUAAAUUCCUUUAUGUUUCUGGCGGAGAUAACUGCUUGGACACAAAGCUCAUUAAAGGCGGGGCUGCUUACAACAGUGUUGUCUUUCCUCCGAAUUAA